GCAACUCAUCCAGCCUUAACAGGGCUGGGUGCUGUCCAGGGUACGGGCCUCGGGGUCCGGAAUAACCUGGGAAGGGUCCUGGCAUCUGCUGAGUCUGUGGCUGCUGACUGCCAUGAUCCAUUGUCCUCUUUCCACCAUCAAAGGGUUUCCCAAACAGGCUGGAAGAGAAACCGAUAGGUCUCUGCGUCCGUGUUACACACAUGUUCCUGUGUCAUUAAGGAGUCCCUGUCGAGGUCAUCGACAAAGCACGAGCCAACCACCAAAACAUGCCAAACGACCAGAGAGGUCUGGAUUCAGUCCAACAGCAACAUCAAAAUAUGACUGGAUCGGUCCACCAGAUAGACUGUCGAACUUGAGGCCGAUCAUAUAUCACAUCCCAGAGAAUGAGACGCCACUGGAAAGGGAGUUGAGGCAUCUGAGACAGGAGACCGAGGACUGGAACCACGAGUUCUGGACCAACCAGAACUUAUCAUUUAGCAAGGAAAAAGAAGAAUACAUUCAAUUACAAUUGACUGCAAAAGGCUUGUCAGAAAGAGAUGAUGACGGAAGGAAAAGGACUUUAAGCAGUGAGGAAAUGGCAGUAUUCUACAAACACUUCUUGGACAAAAACAUUAAAAGGCAUUCGAGUUAUAACAGGGAAUGGUACAGACGGAACUUCACCAUUACACUUCUAAUGGCAAGAGUAGCUCUACACAACACAUGGAGGACACUGACUGGACGAAGGAAAAAAGGAAAAACUACAUAAAUAAAGAAAUACAAAUAAAGACUGUAAAUGAAUCACUGCUC